AGAGACCAUGGCGGCCCAGAUGGAAUGGACCCCGAUGGUGUCAUUGAGAGUAACUGGAAUGAGAUUGUUGACAAUUUCGAUGAUAUGAAUCUCAAAGAAUCUCUUCUAAGAGGAAUUUAUGCUUAUGGUUUUGAAAAACCUUCUGCUAUCCAACAAAGAGCAAUCAUCCCCUGCAUUAAAGGGUAUGAUGUGAUUGCCCAAGCUCAGUCAGGUACUGGCAAGACAGCCACAUUUGCUAUUUCCAUCCUGCAGCAGCUGGAGAUUGAUCUCAAGGAGACCCAAGCUCUAGUAUUGGCUCCAACAAGAGAACUGGCUCAACAGAUUCAAAAGGUUAUUUUGGCCUUGGGUGACUAUAUGGGUGCAACGUGCCAUGCUUGUAUCGGAGGUACAAAUGUCCGUAAUGAAAUGCAGAAGCUUCAAGCAGAAGCACCUCACAUAGUGGUUGGGACUCCUGGGCGAGUGUUUGAUAUGCUGAAUCGACGCUAUCUAUCUCCUAAAUGGAUAAAGAUGUUUGUCUUAGAUGAAGCAGAUGAAAUGUUGAGCCGUGGGUUUAAGGAUCAAAUUUAUGAAAUCUUUCAGAAGCUAAGCACAAAUAUUCAGGUUGUCCUCUUAUCUGCCACAAUGCCUACAGAUGUGCUGGAAGUGACCAAAAAGUUCAUGAGGGAUCCAAUUCGUAUUCUGGUGAAAAAGGAGGAACUGACUUUGGAGGGUAUUAAGCAGUUCUAUAUUAAUGUUGAAAGAGAGGAAUGGAAAUUGGACACUCUCUGUGACCUGUAUGAGACACUGACUAUUACACAGGCUGUAAUUUUUCUUAAUACUAGAAGAAAAGUUGACUGGUUAACGGAAAAAAUGCAUGCAAGAGAUUUCACUGUAUCUGCUCUGCAUGGUGAUAUGGACCAGAAGGAGCGAGAUGUCAUUAUGAGGGAGUUCAGGUCUGGCUCUAGUCGAGUAUUGAUCACUACUGAUUUGCUGGCACGAGGCAUAGAUGUGCAGCAGGUUUCACUGGUGAUAAAUUAUGACCUACCCACCAAUCGUGAAAAUUACAUUCACAGGAUUGGACGUGGAGGUCGCUUUGGUAGAAAAGGCGUGGCAAUUAACUUUGUUACAGAAGAGGAUAAAAGAAUACUUCGUGAUAUCGAGACUUUCUACAAUACUACUGUGGAGGAGAUGCCAAUGAAUGUGGCUGAUCUUAUUUGA